UCAAAAUAAUGAUUAUUAAGUAAAAAAAAAUAUUGAAAGUCUUGUUCUUUUUUCAAGGUUUUUUUUCAAAUACAGCGAAACCACUUAGAUAUAAACUAUACUACGGAUACUUAUACAUUACUAUUAUUCAUAUUAUUUUUGUGAUACUGUAGUGACCUUUUAUUGACUGAAUUAUAAAAAAAUAUUGUCGAAUUUAGGCCAACUUAUGACUGAAAUUUUCUAUGUAUUGGCUCUCAUUUCUGUUCAUUUAUUCAUUCAUUCAAGAUCACUGCAUGAAUAGGUAUAUUUUGUCUUCAUAGAACUCUACGAUAGUGUUACAUUUUUCUUUUCUCUAUACAUAUUUUAUGACUGUUUAUGCGUUAUCGUUGUCAAACUGUUACUUUAAACCUAUUUACAUUAUCUAUUUCUUGUUAUCACUUCUUAUCAUUGUACUGACUGACUGUCUCUUAUUUUCUUAUGAUUUAUUACAUUCUUCAUUCAUCUGUUCUGUACCAUAUCUACAUAAUACUUUACUUUUUAGGUAAACGUUAAAUUGAAAAAUAAACAUACCACUAAUAUAAAUUGUAGACGUUUUAAAUAUUAAAUAAGCACUCAUAUAUUAUAAUCUACUUGAACAUUUUAUAAAAUUACAGUAGUGCUAUAUCCAGUUUAAUGUUACGGUAUAUAUUUGGGUAAAAACAUAUAAAUAGAUACUUAUUAUGUUGUCGUUAUAUUUAUUAAAAACCAGUUAUUAACUGUAGUUAAGAUUUAGUGUCCUAAUAAGUUAAAGUUUGCGGUGUCUAUGCUAUUGAAAUGAUUAUUGUCAAAUGUAGGUAAGACUUAAUAAAACUGUUUUUUAAUUACUUUUUUUAUUGAAUCCCGGAAUCUGGACCGUCGUGAUUGCCUGACAGGUGGCCAAGCUGAGCUUAUAAGCUGUGCCCGAACGUUACCGCUAAGAUGGGGGGAGUUCGGAUUUGAAAGAAGCAGUCAGUUCAUAGAGGUGCGCGCGCAGCGCUAGCCGUUGGAACGCAUUCCGUUGCCGCGAACCGUUUUCAAACGCGCGCGCGUAAUAUGAUCGACAAUAAAAAUUAAAUCCCGGUCACUGAUGAAAUUUUCAAACAGAUAAAUUAUUUUAUUUUUAAAACAAAUCUGUGUUGUGCGAAACGUUGAUGUGGAUGCAAGGGAUUCAGCAACAUUAACUUAAGUAGUGGGCGCGCCAAGAUGUGGCGUGCAAUACUACUGAUGUGGCUGGUGUCACCGAAUCUGUGCCAACAGAUCCAGCCAAACAGAGUAUUCAGCGUGUCUACUAUCUGCGACAAGACAUCCAUGACAAUCCACUUAGAGAUGGCACAACCCUUUAAAGGACUUGUCUUUAGUAAAGAUUUCUCGAGAGAAUGUCGAGUUCAAGGGAGCCAUCAGAAUAAAAUCACACUAAAUCUGCCAUCGAACGCGUGCGGCGUGAGGACAUCGACCAUGAACACCACAGUGGAAGAGCCUGAUGAUGAUGAAGAUUUAUACUACAACGUCGAGUUGGUUGUACAGAUGGAUAGGCAACUGCAGCAAUCAUCUGACCAGGAGCUGUUAGUCAGAUGUAAAUUACAACCUCGGGCGGUUCGCAUCAACAGCUCUGCAUUAGAGACGGUAAUCAACAAUAAAUUACGCGAAAUGACUACCAGGGAGGCGAAGAAAACAAGAACUGGCCGCAACCGUCAAGGUUUCGCGAAUGCAGCAGAAAUAGAGCAACGUGAAUGGCUGAUGGCGGCAGCGCGUGCUUGGAUGGAGUUAGCACCAGCGGUGUCUGCUGCUGAGCCUGCCACUGUCGAAGUCGGACAGCCCACCAGACUACUUAUACAAUGCACAUUGCCUGUGGGAGUGGGACUCCGAGUAACAAAUUGCGUCGCUCACGAUGGCCUAGGAGAAGCAUCGCAGAAAUUACUUGACGACGCUGGCUGUCCUAUCGAUGAAUCUAUCUUCAAUAAACCAUCGAUCCACCACCAUAAACACAAAAGCACAGAAAUUGACUUUUCUGACCUAGAACCCGUUGAUCUACAGAAGAAUAUUGACGAGAAAACAACAAUUAAACUAGAAAAAUCCGACCCCGAUAAUAUGUUCAAGAAUAUUAUGACUUAUCAACACGCAAUCACUACUUUUGCAGCUUUCAAAUUUCCCGAUAGAGCUAAGUUACAUUUAACUUGUGGAAUUGAGCUGUGCAAAGGGCAAUGCCCACCUGUGGACUGCAAAGCUUUGCAGAAACCCCAACAGACCAGAGAUGGACUGCUCAGGAAGGCUCGAUUGGAUAAGGAUUCUAAGGGUAUCGUAAUAGAUAGACUAGAAGUUUAUAACAGCAUAGAGGUUCAUGCACCUAAUAUUGAAUUAGAAGAUGAAGCUUCCAUUAGAGGGUCAAGAAGAAUAGAAUCAGAAGAAGACGAAUUUGUGCGAGGAUUUUCACCGGGGGACAAGACAAUUUGCUUAUCGCCAGGGAAAAUGGCGCUAGCGUUCUGCGUCCUUGGAAUCAUUUUCCUCUGCGCAAUCGCUGUGGCCUUCAUCUCCUUGGUGCGAACUAGACGGCGUCUUGGAAGAGAGCCGUUGCACACAUCUCUAUCUUUCUACACAGGAAGCAAGAGCAUGUUUUCGUCAAGCGAGAGUUCCAGUUCUGGUCUUAGUGGUAGCAAACUUCUUUUAACUGAUAGUCCCUAUUUAGACCACCAUUCGUCUUCCAGCAAUAAUUGGCCAUAUUCUAGAGCUUUCUGACAAGCGGCUCGUCGGCGUGACGUGGGUUUACGCGAGUUUUAAUAGAGCGAGAUGAAUCUCGCUUUUCUCUCAAAGUCAGUAGAGGUUUAUGUAUUGGCAAAAAACUAAGCUUCUCAUAUUGAAGCAAAAAAUACAUUUUAUACAGGUGUGUAUCUCUAUAAGCACCCACUUAGACUUAUAUUAUUUUUUCAUCUAUGGGUUGUAUUUCUAAUUAUGACUUUGACUGCCAAUAAAAAACUGUUGAAGGUAAAUUAUCCGCUAACGCCGGUCACCGGUGACCCCCAUGGCGUUUAACGUGUUAAAAGAAAAUCUGAUAAAUUGUCAAAAUUAAUUAAAAAAAAAUUCCUAAUAGGUAUUUAGUGACUGAUGUAAAAAUGAAACUUUCAGACCAAGUAACAGUUUAUCUAGAUAAAAAGGUUGAUAAAAAAUAUUUAAUUAUAUUCUUCAUCUAUUUACUUGUACUAUCUGGUGACAGUAGUGGUCACAUCUUGAGCUCACAAAAAAGAGGCUUUCAUUUUUUUUACAAUUGCAACAAGAAAUUGUUUGCCAUUGCAAAAAAUAUUUCAAUAACUAAGUACUUCCUUUUCAAUAAAUUUAAACUGAAGACUGUACUUAAAAGUACCUCCCAAAGCUUGUCUAUUUCUAGCUUCUUAGUUAGUAAGAGACUAUUUAUUUUUAAUUUGGUUUUUCGACUUAUUGUCGUUUGAGGCGGUGCUUCUGAUGUCAUUCUGUAGUAGAUGCAGGGGUAAAAUAACAUUCAGGUCAAUUUUGCUUUGUUUGUUUUCUCUUAGUUUGUUAUAAAUUCUAAAUUCAUCUUUAAUUUGGAAAAACCCUGUACACAAAGUUCUUACGCUGUAUAACUAUGUGUUUAAAACAAAACACAAUUCUUAUUACACAGGAUUGAGACCAUCUUUUGUUUUCUGUCAAUUCAUACGUUGAUUGAAAUGUUAAUGAUGAUCUUAUGUAGUUUUUAGUUAAAUAGAUAUAAAAUAUCUUAUGCUAUCUUAUUUUUACAUUUACACCUGUAUUGAAAUAAAAUCAUUAGCACUUCCUCGAAAAUUAGUAAAUAAGAAACCUAGAUAUAAUCAAUUAAUUUAAGAACAUUCAAAUUAAAGAAUGUAUUAUUUGUGAUGUGAUGAUAAUAUUUAUGUUUAUCAUGGAUGUUUGGAUGGAAAUUUUAUAUGUUUUUACAAUUUGUAUUAAAACAGUAAAUGGAAGUGAAGCUAUGUUUUAUUUUUUCACGUAGUGUGACUUGACCUUUCUAUUGAUACGCAUCUAUUUUGUUUGAAACAAUAUCUGCAACUACACUCAUAGUCAAAAGUAGGUAUCAAUA